CCCAGGGCGUGUAUGAGAGAUGAGCAGUUUCAUGUGCAAGAAAGCAAAACAACACAGCAGAAAAUCCAUAACACUCGUCACUGCUGUAAGAUAAAAUUACACAAAUCUUUAGGGGCACCUGAAUCGCUGCUUGGUAGCCAAUUUUCAGGGAGAAAAGGGAGAAACUUGGCAACCAAAAUGUGCGCCAAAAAGACAACCAAGAAAUCCAAAUCCACACGGCAGGACGCCGCGCCAUCAAAUAAGCAGAAACCCGCAGAGGUCAUAGAGCUGUCGUCAGAUUCAGACUCGGACGUCAGCAGUAUCGGGGGAGAUGGACAAGAGGAACAGCCGGAGCAGCAACCACUAGCGACGCCAGCGACGAAGCGCAAGGCCCCCCAGGAUGUGGCCGGGGAGGACGGCGACGCACCCGCUUCAUCGAGCGCGUCAAAACGGCAGCGGAAGCUGGCAGUCAGGGUGAAGCAGGGCGGUGCAUCGGGGGCCGGCGGCGGUGAGGCGGGCAAGGACAACGACGGCGUGGUGGUGCGCAAGACGCAUCUGGAAAUCUCGGCGCCCGCCGCGGCACUCAGCAGUGCCAGGAAGCCCGAGGCGGCGUCGACGCACGUGCGCUUUGGCGAGGACGACGACGACAGCAAUGACAAGUUCUUCACGCCGAUGGAGAGGCCCACGAAGAAGAACUUGUUCGACGCGGCGGCCAAGAAGGCUCAAGCUGGUGAGGAGAAGGAGGAGGACAGCGACGACGAGUCAGGGUCGGACGAUGACGCGCCGCCCGAAGCCGUGUCUAGUCACGCCGCGGCGCAUCAGAUUAAUGACCUGGCCAAGCAGGCUGCUAAAGCUGCUGAGCAACAAGCGGCUUCAGAAAGGCUUAAGCGCCAACGGCGCGACGCGCUCUUCAAGACGCAAGCCCGGAAGCGGGCGCUGGAUGAAGCAGAAUCCUCAGCCGCGCCCAAGGCGGCGGCACCAGCACUCCUGCCGGCCGAGUUCCUCGAGUCGGACGACGAGAGCGACGUCGACGAUGACGAGGAGUCCAGGAAAGUAGAAGUGAGGAAGCCCAAGAAGAUCAAGUUCGAGACGGCCGAGAGGCGGGCCGCGAGGCAGGAGGGCCGGGGCGUGGCCGACCGUCGCGACGGCGACACCGUCUACAAGGUCGUCAGGCCUCUGGCCGACACGCGGCUGGCGCCCCGGGCGAGCAAGCGUGCCGCCUUUGACAAGAAGAAGCUCUUGUCCAGGGGGCGGGUCGAGGUGCGGAAGAAAGGUGGCUUUUUGCUAAAGUGAGAACGCGGGGCCUUUUUGGAUUCCGGAGGAUGUAAGCCCGGCAUUACGGAACCAAAAUGGCAAGGCCUGGUUCGGGUGUGAUGAGAUAUGGGGGUCAUGUCAUUAUACUACUGAGAAAACUAGAGUAUACCCAGCUAAGGACCUGAGUGUAAGACACGAAGUCUCGAGCGAUGACCGUGAAAUAGAGAAGAAGAAAAAAAAGUCCAGCAACGAUCCAUGGGCUAUUGAAUUAUCGGAGAACUGCUAUUUAUUCAGAGUAUCUCAUUGCAUGAUCUUUGCCAUUUUUGAUAGAGAAGCGCCGCGUCCAUGCCUGAUUCAGAUGGCAAGGAUGCACUCCGAGACGCAGUCCUUGUGUUUUAUCAUUUUUGGUCUCCCCUUAAUUUUCCAGCCCUGGUACUUCCC